AUGGUUUACAUCAUGGAAAUCUAUACCGACGGUGGCUGUAGAGGCAAUGGACAACCGGGAGCAAUAGGUGCCGCUGCCGCUGCUUUCAAGAAAAGAAAUGGAACGUACGAUGCAUGGACAACAUCGUUACCCCGAUAUCCCCCACCCACAAACCAGCGGGCCGAAGUCACAGCCAUCAUCGUGGCCCUGGAGCAAGCCCUGGAAAAGUUUGAAGAGCUAGACACAAAUCCAUAUCUAAAUGUCAAGAUCUAUUCGGAUUCCAGAUAUGCGAUUAACUGUAUGACGAAUUGGAUUUACAAGUGGGCCAAAAAUGGGUGGAUCAAUGUUGCAGGCAACGAGGUUGCGAACAGAGAUCUUCUCGAGGAGGCUUCAGAUCUUGAUGAUAGAUUGAGAGAGUUGGGAUACGUGGACUAUAUCUGGAUUCCGAGGGAGAACAAUCAGUAUGCUGAUAGAUUAUGCAAUGAGGACAUGGACGAACAAUGA